AAUUGGUUUGAGUUUUUUUGGCACUAUUUGUCUAUUUGUAUGCAAUUAUUGGUUGUGUUUGUAAUCAAAAGCAAUGUGUGAUCGCAGUGUUUGGCCAUUGAUUAUGUGUGCAAUUAAUUGGCAAUUGAUUUAACAGUUAUUUAACAGUUAUUUACCGCAUAAAUGACUGUUUUGUUUGGCGUUUACGUGACUAACAAAUGGAUAUAAAUACGACAAAUGCAUUGAAAGUGACCCCAAAUAGCAAUACAAAUCUCAAUUCACUUGUUAAUAGCAAUUCAAUCAUUAAUAACAAUUUGCCCCCAAUUAUGACCAAUACUAACAGUAAUAGUAUUAAUAAUAACGCCAAUAAUAACAACAAUGUUGUUCACAGUAAUCACAUAAAUGGCAUCAAAAAUCUCAAUAAUAACGUGAAUCACAGCAAAAGUCAUCCCAUUAUUAAAGAUAAGACUAACGACAUGACGAUUGGUGUGAAACAAACCGAUAGCAAAGUUGUGGUGAACUCGCAAACGAACCACAAGUCAUCGAAAGCGAGUGGUCAGCCCUCGCAGCCACCGCACCCCUCCUCGCCAUUACAUCCCGUGCCGGCCCCUCGACGUCACACCACUAAUGACACUCGCAGUCCGUCCGUGAACUCGAUGGUCGACAGGACUCCGUGCGGCUCCGAGUCGGUGACGCCCAGCAGCGAGUCCUAUGAGACGCCGCCUCCCGUGCGAUGGCAGCAAGACUUCCACCACUUGAUCGACGACGUGGAAGGGGUGGCACUGUUCAAGGAGUUCCUCAAUAGAGAGGGAGGUUUGGAGUAUUUGCUGGACUUCUACUUCGCGUGCAGAGGACUCAAGUCACAGGUGGACGACAAGAGUGUGAAGAGAAUAGCGUACGUUAUGUGCAAGAAAUUCAUCCGCAACUCAUUGAUCACCUGUAUCUCAAAGGAGGUGCGCCAGAGUCUGAUUGCCAAAGUGGGCGCCUCCUCUCAGUCGGACCCCAACGGUGACACUGCGGUCGAUCGGCACGUGUUCGACGCCGCCCAACAGGAGGUGGAGGUGCAGCUGAAGGGUGCCAUCUAUCAAAACUUCUUGAGUUCAGAGCUUUAUCUCAAUUAUGUGCACAAAUACCUGAUUCCCGACAGCCAGUGCAUAGGUGUUUACGAGGAGUCCAUAUCGGGCUAUGAGAACUCCAUCACCUCAGAGGAGACCAGUCUCGACGACUAUAACCCACGCAAUCAGAUAUACGAAGUGUUGCCAACCCUUCACGAGUACCACGAACUCGACACCACGAAUACGCCGAUGAAUACGAUCAGUUCAAACGCCAGCUCCAGAUCUCAAGCGAACCGUCCGGUGGACGACUGCCAAAACCCAAUGUCUACCGGCUUUUCAUCCGAUACUCUCAGGCGUCAACUCAAUUCACUGCUGGCGCCCAAACGGCCGGCCAAUAGCUCAUCCACUUCGCGACUGACUACUGAAUCGCAUCCUAUGAAUACAAUUAGUCGUAUAAGUCAUCCGGGAUAUCAGUCGUACGUGCGGUCAAAGCAGAUGGCCGUACCGCCCAACCCCUAUCACGUGACGUACGCGCCUAAUCUGCCGCCGUCUGCACAGGACAGCGAAGUGAGUACUAACGAGUCGACCUCAUGUGUGAGCGCACCGGCAAAGGACGGGUCGGACACCGGUCGCAUCCGUAGUAAGAAGCAUAUGACUCAGCAAAUGAUGCAACAAAACGCCAAAAUCAACUCAAACCCCAAGAACGCCCACACCAGAGACCUGUGGGCCACGCGAGCCCAUAGCGGCCAAAAGGCGGGCCCCUCACAGCCCCUGUCCAGCGACGAGUUCAUAAAGAUUUUGAUCGAGAAGUUGGAUGUGUUUCGCAUCAGACAGGAGAAGGAUAUGGAGCAUGAGAUGAGACUCAAACACCUCAUGAUUAUGGCCGACCCCAACAAUCCCAGCAACAGCUCCAACAGCGCCAACACUACGUCCCGGCACUCGACCGCCAACGCCUCCGACACCAGUCGACCCAACAAUACGCUGAAGGAAGUGCUCAAACAGAAGCUGGAGUUCUGUUCGCCGCCCGGAGACAACGGUCAGGACAUACUCGACCAACACAUCGCUCAGGUGUUCGCCGACACACCCAUCGUAACGCCCACCGACUCGGUCGGUCGAAUCGGUGUGAGUUCGCCGAAGACUAACUUCAUGUACAACAAUAUGACCGCCGGUUCGUCGACGUCGGUGCCGAUGGCCGUCAACAGCUACACGUACGACCCGUCGGGCGCCGACACCCAGUCGAUCGUAGCGAUUGUGAAGUACUCGUGCGAACAGAUGCCGUACCGGUUGCCGAUGACAGGGCCGCCCAUAACGUUGCGUAAGUUCAAGAUGCAGAUCCCCACCAAACGCGGCAAUUGGCAGUACUAUUUCAAACGCCAGUGCAAUCAGAGGGAAGCCAUCGACAUAUCGGCCCACUUUGUCCUCGAGAAGAUCACGGAUGACAACACACGGCUCCCACUCAUUGGCAAUAAAAUCUAUGCUGAACUCCAAGAGUCUAAUUGA